AUGGGCAGGUACAUCUGCGUCGCGCCGCAGUACGUGGACAAUAGCAAGAACCUCUCGAGCGCGCAGACGCUGGACCAGAGCGCGACCUUUGACGCGAUCACGGCCGUGGCCGCCGGCGACGUCCCGUGCGUGCACAGCCGCGACUUCGUGGCGCAGCAGCUGCUCGCGUUCGCGAUCGUCUGGGGCUCGGCCGCGCUCUUCUCGGUGCUCUGGAUGAUUGCGUCGCGCCGCCAGAACCUCCGCCUCCAGAACGACGAGAUCGGCUUCUCGCUCGCGCUGCGGCAGUGGGCGCGCAAGUCGCAAAUCGCUGUGCUCAUCAGCCGGCCGAUCCAGCUCGUCGCUUCCGUUGGCAUCUACCUCGUCAUGGUCGUGCGCUGCCAGUCGUACACGGUCGAGACGGGCUACUACUACGUUGGUCUAUUCCUCUACCUCAUCACGUUCCUCGACACGAUCGUGCGCUUUUUCGCCGCGAAGCGCAAGCUCGGGUACAUGUUUGAGUUUUACACGAUCCUCGACCUCCUCGGCCUCGCGUCCUACUGCUGCGUGGGCUUUGCGCCCAACAUCAACAUUGCCGGCAAGCCGACGCGGACGUGGCUCGACCUCUCGGUCACGCGGUCGCUCUUCAUUUUGCGGAGCUACAUGGAGAUGGAGCGCCACUUUGACAAGUCGGAGAAAGGGCUCAUGAUGCUGCGCCAAGGCAUCAAGUGCUUCCUCCUCCUCACGUUUGCGUCCUCCGUCGUCUUCUUCUUCGAGACGACGGGCGAAAUCGGCGUCUUCCUCGAAAAUGGCUUUGCGCACCUCUACGCAUGCUCGAACGGUACCAUCAGCAAUCAAAUAUCCGACGACUGCUCGUCCGAGACGUGGUCGAUCAUGUUUGCUAUCUACUAUACCGUCGUUACGCUGGCGACCGUCGGGUACGGCGACAACUCGCCGCACACGGUCGAGAGCCGCAUGCUUGUCAUCGUCUUUAUCGUCGCCGGCAUCGUGCUUUUCUCGAUGGAAGUUGAGCACCUCGUGAACCUCUACAAGCUCCGGUCGAUCGGCAACCCGCCGUAUGCCCCAAAGCCGCGCACGCAGUCGGUUGUCAUCAUGGGCAACCCGACGUUUCCUCAGCUCGCUGCGAUGCUGCGUGAGCUCUUCCAUCCCGACCAUUUUCAAGGCGUCUCUGUGCGCCAUCUGCACGCCAUCGUCCUCGGCGAGCGCAGCAGCUCCAAGUACGUCAAGGGCCUCGUCCAAAAGAUCGAGAACGACCCCAAGUUUGCGUCGCGCGUGACGUACGUGGCCGGGGACCCGUCGCGCAACGAAGACCUCGACCGGGCGCGGGUCAAGGAGGCCCUCGCCGCGUUCUUUCUCCCCGACAAGCUGGCCAAAGACCCGGUGAAGGAAGAUGCCAAAAACAUCAUGCACAUUCUGUCGACCAAGCAAUACGCAGGGUCGCGCUUCCGGUGCCUUGCGAUGGUGCUUAAGUCAGAGAACGUCCGGCACAUGAUGGCUGCCGGUCUCGACCGCGAUGAUGUUGUGUGCGAAGACACGAUGAAGCUCGGCGUCCUCGCGCAGAGCUGCGUGUGCCCCGGGUUCUCGACCAUGAUCGCCAACCUCGGGUCCUGUCUCACGCUCGACAAGCGCCCACGCACGUCCAAGACGAUCCUCAACAAGCUCCAGCGCGCGCUCGCGGCCAAAACGACGACGCGACCGGUGCUGCAGUCCGACUUUGACCUCGCUGAGACGCUCUACACCGAGCAACUGUACUACGAGGUAGUCUACGCCGAUCUUACCUUUGUCCAAGCGGCCCAGAAGAUCUUCCGUGACUCCAACGGCGCUGUCGUGCUCGUAGCUGUCGAAGUGGUCAUCGAUGGCGCGCACUACGUGAGUGCGAAAGACGAGUCGCUCAUCUCGGGCGUCCGCCUCGUUCUGAACCCGGGCUUUGCCAUGGUGCUGCGCGAAGGCAGUCGUGUCUACGUGAUUGCUGAAGACGCCGAUAUGGUCGCCAAGUUUCACAUCUCGAUGGCCGAACACCUCGGCGACGUUCUUGUCGACGAUGCCAACCAGAUCCCGAGUCCAAUGUCCUCCAAACGCCUGCACGGCCGAUCGGACGCACCGUACUCGCCCGACCACGCGGAAGACACGCUGCGCACAACGUACCGUGGUCUCCGGUCGCCCGCUCAGUUUGGAAAAAACAAGUCGGUGCCGGUGCUUGGCGCCAACCCCCGGGUGCUUUUGAGCGGCGAGUCGAUCCACGCCGACUCGGUGCUCUCGCGUAUUGUGACCCAUGUCCGCAUGCCAAAGGCGGACAUUGACCAUCGCCUUCGGCACUUGGUCGUCGACGACAUUGUGUCCAUGUACGGGCACCGCCCACCGCGCAUUCUGCAACCGCCGCCGCUCGCGGUGCUGCAAGACCCCAACCACAUUGUGAUUUGCAGCUUCCUCGGCGAAGAGUCGCUCGCGUCUCUCCAAUGGUUCAUCUCGCCGCUGCGCGGGGUGUUUUCGCUGCGGCACCCGCCCAUCACGAUCCUCGACGCAUCGCCCGUCUCGGACGAGUGGGCUGCCGCGAUCUCCAAAUUCCGAGACGUCUACUAUGUGUGUGGCAGCCCGCUCGUGUACCGGGAGCUGCAGCGCGCAGGCGCCAAGUCGGCGGCGUCGGUCGUCGUCCUCGCCAAGAGCGCCAAGGAGAGCGUGUCGGGUCUAAUGGAGACGAGCAUGGUCGACGCGGAAGCCAUCUUUACGACGAUGCUGAUCGAGCUCAACAUGGACUUCACGCGCAUGUUUACGCUCACGGAGCUCACGGACGAGUCCAACUCCAAGUUUCUCAACAAGAAAUUUGUGCUCUCGGGCUUCAAGGCGCGCGAAUCGACCACGUCGUCCCAAGUGGCCGGCGCAUCGUCCGAGGAGCAGCCGAUCUACCGCAUGCCCCUCUUCAUGUCGGGUCGACUCCUCCACCCGCAGUUUUGCGAGACCGUCCUCGUCCAGUCGUACUAUAGCCAAAACAUCCACCGCAUCAUUCGCCAGCUCAUUGGCGGGCCGCGGAGCACGGGUAUCGUGACGAGUGUGCCGUUGGCCAAGAUGUACCAAAACCAAGGCAUGACGUACGGCUCGAUCUUCCGGCUCUUUGCAGCGUCCAAGUACCCCGGUAUCGUGCUCGGCAUCUACCGCAAGACGUCGCAAGAGAUGAACGCCGGCACCGCUGUGAAGGAGCUCCCGAUCGUCCUCACGACGCCCCGCGCCGACGUCCAAGUGCUCGAAGGCGACACGUUCUUUGUCCUCUACGGCUGGCAUGCGAUGGAGAAGGCGUGCGUUAAGAUUCAAGUCGCUUUCCGCAAGUGCCGGCGCACGCGCAAAGUCCUCAAGCCCAAGAAGGUCGCGCGUCGGCAGAGUGCGAUGCACUGA